UCGUUCCAAAUGCGACAAAAUAAGGAACUAUCAGAAAAAGUCGGUUUACUUCCGGGCAUGGGAAUUUAUAAAUUUUUCCGCGUUAUCUAUGGUUAUGAUGGAGAACGAACUUAUAUCGCCCAAAAAAGAAAAAAGCCCUUAAUUUCCUCGCAAGUCUUUAUCAAUAAUGAUUAUGGUUUUACCGAAGAAGUAGAACAAGAGUUUAGUGAUUAUUUUGAGCCGGAUUUAACCCUCAAAAAAGGGGUUCGCCAACUAGUUAAAAAGCAAAACCUAUCCUCACGGAGUGCAAAAUCAAAAAAAACCAGUUCUGAAAACCGUGCGACACUUCCGAAGACCCCACUUGAAAAAAAGGUCAAGGGUGAAAACUCCACUGUCCCAUCACCAAAGACCACCACACCGAACCAAUUAUCCGCUGAGAAUUAUCAACCUCACGACCACGAUUAUCGCCAAUUCGCCCAAGCGGCUAAAUUGCCCUGGAAUAAAACGCUCAAUGAAUAUGAACCGUGGGAAGAAAACGGAGAAA